UGACUUUGAACUUAACAACAAAAGCCUACAGCAUGACGAAGUGGAAAUGCAAUUUUUAUUUCUAUCAUAGAAUGGCACUGGUUUUGGCUACAUGGCUAACCCUCAGCAUUGGACGGAAUAUUCCGUUGCAAGGAUCUGAAGAAAAUCCAUUGAUUCGUACUAAUAAAGGCUUGGUGAGAGGAAAAACGACAAAAGCAGUUACUGGUAAAUUAGUCGAUGUCUACUUAGGCAUACCAUAUGCGAAGCCUCCUGUUGGUGAAUACAGAUUUCGACAUCCUAAACCUAUAGACCCAUGGGAUGAUAUUUUUAAUGCAACCGAAAAACCCAAUACUUGUUUUCAGAUUAGUGAUACAUUUUUUGGAAAUUUUUCGGGUUCAAAGAUAUGGAAUCCAAAUACUCCUCUAAGUGAAGAUUGUUUAAAGUUGAAUGUAUGGGUGCCACACCGAAAACCGAAAAAGGCUUCUGUUUUGGUUUGGAUCUUUGGUGGUGGUUACUACAGUGGGACGUCUACUCUCAACGUAUACAAUGCUAAAAUCUUGGCUACAGAGGAACAAAUAAUAGUUGUUUCAAUGAAUUACAGAGUGGCAUCUCUGGGGUUUUUGUUUUUCGAGCGUCCAGAUGUACCCGGUAAUGCUGGGUUGUUUGACCAGUUGAUGGCACUAGAAUGGGUGCAUGAUAAUAUUGCUGCGUUUGGAGGUGAUCCAAAUAGCAUCACUUUAUUUGGUGAGAGUGCUGGAGCAGUCAGUGUGGGCCUCCAUUUGUUAUCUCCACUAAGUAGAAACCUCUUCAACCGAGGCAUCUUACAAAGUGGCUCAGCGACAUCUCCAUGGGCUAUUAUUGAUUAUAAGGAAUCCAAGAAACGUGGGCUUCGUUUAGCUGAAGCUGUCAAAUGUCAAAUUGAUCCUCAAGACAUGGAUGCUGUUGUUAGGUGUCUCCGCAAUGCAGACCCUAUGGAUCUUGUUAUGAAUGAAUCAGGCACUUUAGGGGUCAUUGAUUUUCCUUUUGUUCCGGUUGUAGAUGGAGCUUUUAUUGACGAACAACCAUCUGUGUCACUGAACACCAGGAAUUUUAAGAAAACAAAUGUUCUGAUGGGUAGCAAUUUAGAUGAAGGCACCUACUGGAUAAUAUACUAUCUAACAGAACUUUUCAAAAAGGAAGAAGACGUUUAUCUGACUAGAGAAGAUUUUAUUAACUCAGUGAAAGAGUUAAAUCCCUACAUAGGAGAGGCCGCCCAACAGGCCAUUAUAUUUCAGUAUACUGAUUGGCUGCAUCCAAACAGUUCUAUUCAUAUCCGGGAUGCUAUUGAUAAGAUCGUUGGAGAUUACCACUUUACUUGCAGUGUGAACGACUUUGCCCACCAUUAUGCUGAAGCGGGAAAUGAGGUAUAUAUGUAUUACUUUACCCAUCGGUCUUCUGUUAACCCCUGGCCAAGAUGGAUGGGAGUGAUGCAUGGUGAUGAGAUACCAUUUAUCUUUGGUGAGCCUUUGAACCCAGCUCUAACAUAUACGAAAGAAGAAAAACUUUUAUCCAAGAAAAUGAUGAGAUACUGGACAAAUUUCGCUAAAACAGGAAAUCCCAACACAGAAAAUGCCGAAGUGGAAGAGGAUGGAACCUACUGGGUCACUCAUACUGACGGAGGAAAAGAGUAUAUGACUCUGAGCGUGAAGUCUCCUAAGAUCAGCCGCGGCCCACGGGCAGAAUACUGUGCUUUUUGGCACCAUUACCUACCUCAGUUAGUCAAAAGUACAGGCUCUAUAAAUUCAUUAAAUGAAUCUGAUAUAAUCUUGGAAUAUCAUUGGAUCAUAAACUUCACUCUUAAUGACAUGACCACUUUGUCAUUGCGCUUUUCUUAG